CUCGUCCAGAGUCCAUAGCCACCCUCAAUGCCUCUGCCACACGACCUGUGUGCUCACAUCCAAAACGCAUUCCGCGCCCGGCACCAAAAAAUAUCCGUGCACCACAAUACCCAAAAUCUGGGCAUCCUCAACAUCCUCCUCCGCUCCGGCUUCAUUUCAUCCCUCACACGCGGAACCAUCGCCGCUCCCUCCCCAGCAGACUUUACAAAAGCCAGCGAGUCCCAGCGCCGGAUAUGGGCCGACCUAAAAUACCGGGACGACGAGCCCGUUCUGAGCAACAUGGAGCUCGUCAGCAAACCCAGCAAGAGGAUAUUCAUGGACUUGACAGAGAUUAGGCUUAUUUGCUCGGGAAGGAGGGCGCAGACUAUUAAGCCUCUUGGUAUGGGUGAAGUUGCGGUGGUAAGGACUAAGGACCAGGAGAAUGAGUGGUUGGAGGCGAGGGAGGCGUUGAGCUUGAAGAUACCUGGCGAGGUGAUUUGCAGAGCACGGUAGCUGUUACAUGGGGUCUUUACUACUAAUAUAUACAACUAUUGCAAUGCCCAAACUGUUAGCUGUAGACAUUCUGUAACGACAUGCAAAAUAGGAUGGCGUUGUCCCACAGAAGCGGGUAU